GUCAGUGAGUCAGUGAGUCAGUGAGUAGUGCGGGAGGUGGCUGUACCGGCGCACACUGCGCUCAUACUACUUCAGUUGUGUAUGUGCGGGCGACCCAGCGUCAUCCACCCUACAGCUUGUGAAGAGCUGCAAUGCAAGAAGCUGCCACGAGGUAGUGAUGGCGAAGAUGGACCUCUCCUAGCAUGAGUCGACAACGCAUCAUGAUCCCGGAGGCGUUCAAGGUUCUUCCGCCACUAAGUCCAGAGCUUCCGGCGCCUCCUAGAGCUCCGCCACCCCAUCGAGUGGCUCCCCCUGUAGCCAGGAGGGAGAAGACGGCCUUCGUCAUCCUCAACGACGAGGCGCCACCACACGGGAGAAGUAGAGACAAUUCUCCUAAUGGGAGAGUGAGUCCUUUCCGAGGAAGAGGCUUCCGCGAAGAGACUUCCAGGCAUGCCUCCAGAGAGCCAUCCCCGUCACCUGACCGAGCGAGGAGAAUCCCUCCACGAGCGAGGAGUAGGUCAACCAGUAGACUGCCUGUAGCUACUCCUAGAACUAUAAACGGCUCCAGCACCCCUACCAGCCCUCCAGGAGUCUCUGGUAUACCUAAGCCUAUCAGCAGAAGAAACUCUUUGUCGCCAAAUAGAGCAACUCAAGUGUUGAAUCAAGUGAAUAGAAACAAAUCCAUAAAGUUGCCCUCCCAAGGAAAACCAGUGAUAAUAAAACCAGUGUCUCAAUCUCCUCGGCAUUCCGUUAAGACUGGCGUUUCUCCUAAAAGAGUUGGACCUUCGGAGAUCUCAAAAUCCCUAGUGAAUGGGACGAAACCACCGAUUCCGAAGAUUCAAGGAACGCAGAAUCAGAAAAAUGGUGAAAAGGAAAAUGACAAACGGGGUAAUCUUACAUCUCCGUAUAGGAAACGACCUCAGCCGAGCAAACCUGAAGCGGUCAAAUCCCCCUCUAGGAUACCGCGAACUAGAAGUGUCUCGAGAGGAAGGGAGGAUAAUGUCCGAGCUUCAUCUCCUGUACGAGCGGUUGUAAGGGCUUCACGAAAACUACCUCAAGGAUCAACUAAACCUGCUAACGGUGACAAAAAGGGUGUUUCGAAUAUAGAAAGGAGAAACAACGCUAAGAAAACUGGCCCGAUUGCAGAUAAGAAGAAUGCAACACCAAAAACAUCCGUGCCAACAACACCAGCGACACUAGUCGAAGAGAAGCCUAAGCUUAACUUAGACCUUGACAAUAAAGUUCCAACACCUAUAGAGGCUGUUGUUUCAACACUUCCAGGAACUGACGACAAGACUCCGGAACUCGAGAAGAAAGAAAUACAAGAAGCUCCGAUUGAGGUGCAACCCCAGGCUCAGGUACAAUCUCCUCCACCGGCAAAGACAGCGGAGGUAGAAAAAGAAAAUAAAACAGAGGAAACUCAGAAACCCCAGGAAGCUCCAACUGCUGCUAAAGAUACCAAAGAAGAAGUUCCAGAAGCAACUGUUACUCUGGUACGAACUACAACUGCUCCGGCUUUAGAACUUGCUCAGCCGGAUGUAAUCCCUACGAUUUUGUCCAAGGGAGAGCAGGAGAUCUCAAAGUCGAUCAGUGAAGGUCCUUCUGAGGAGGAUCAGGACGAGAACCCAGGAGGUCCGAAGGGAGAGACUCUCGCCUCCGUGGAGUCUGUCAGGUCCAAUUCCUCGGUGGAGACAGUGCGAGCGGCAACCAAGGGUCAGGGUAGAGAGAAUGAAGUGGAGGUACUUAGCGCCAACAACCUGAUGAAGUCCGACGGCCACACCAGAAACGUCGCUUGGGACAAGUGA